AUGGGGAACAGUGGUUUGGACGACGACGAUUUGCUCGACUACGACAUGAACAUGCUCCUCGAUAGAGACGAUCCGCGCCGAGGAAACGAUGAGAAUCUCGAUACUAUGUCGAACAUGAGCGAGUUCAAUGCCGCACCGAGUGGUUCUAAAGCCGUAUCUGGAGGCGAAAAUCGGUUUUAUCUUCGAGAUGAGGAGGUUUUGCAAUGGGCGAAAAACGCUGGCGACAGCGACGACGACAAAGCGGCUUCCAAGCGCAAGUCCGACAAGCGUUUACAACUCGAAAAGAGCAGAAGAGCAAAGCUUGACUUGGACGACGACGAUAUGAUGUUUCGCCUCGGUUACGGUGGACUGAUGGACGACGACGACCUUUCCGGGGACGAAGAAGCGAGAGAACGCAAGCGUCAACGCGCGUUUGGAAUGGAAGAGGAAGACGACGAACAGAACAUUUUGGCGCCGAUUCCGGACGAAGGUUCCGAGGAUGAGGAUCACCAAGGGUUCGUUGCGAUGCCGAUGGACGCUUCUGAAGAAGAAAAGGCGUUCCUUGAACCCGCGUUUCAAUCGCAAAAAGAACAAGACCAGCGCGAAGAGCGUUUACUUCUUGAUUUACGCGCGGCGAACGCGCCUGUACGUCCGAGACAAAAACGUCCGAAAGUCGCGCGACUCGCGAACCAACGUGCGAUUAUCUUUGAUCACCAAACGCGCAUUGAGAACGACGAGUACAAACAAUGGCUAGUGAACUGCGACGAUAUCGUGUGCGACCGGCCGAGAAAAGAGAUUCCAAUAGACGAAAAGGACAUACAUUUGAUGAACGACGAGAAAGCGUUGGCCGCGCACUUCCGAGCGACGGCUUUCCGAACCGGACGCGAAUCGUUCUUCCGAAAAGGAGAUCGAUGGAAGAAGUUUGAAGCGAUGUUGUAUCCGAAUUACAAAUCGAAAGUAAACUUUGCGCCCAUUCCUGGCGACGCCACGUUGGUUCCACCGCCGGAAGUUAAACGUCCAGACGGCGAGUACACCACGGAAGACGAAGACAACGGAUACAACGUCCCACCAGCUUGGGACGAAGAAGAAGAGGAGCACUUCCUCAAAUUUGACGCCAGUAAAAGAGCAGAGAAACGCGCGGCACUCGUUCGCACUCCUUCUUCUGGAGGUGGCGUUUCGGCAUCUUUACGAAGCACGCGAGGCGGAAGCGUCGUUCGCACGCCCUCCUCCUUAGCGGACGCGUUGGAAGGAAAAGAACUCGAGUUCGUGGACGAGCACGGACAAUCGCACGGAAACUUGCACGAGGACACCAUUCACGAGGAUCGUGAAAUGCUCGUCCGUACUUUUUCGCAAAAAUCCAACGAACCGCUCGACAAAAGUCAGCCUCUGAAAGAGACGGAAGAAGAACCGGCAGGCUACUUGGAUUGCUCCGGUCGCCACCGCCAUGAACGCAUCCCACGCGCCGCGAAGAACUUGCUCGUCUUCCUUUCCGCGAACACGGUGUGGAACCAAGACGAUACAAACACCAGCGAAGCGGCGUUUGAUGCCGCUUCGACGGAAGGUAAAGAAAAAGAAAAAGCGAGCGCCUCCAUCGACUUGACCGAGCUUUGCGAAUCGAACGCCUUGACGCGUCAAGCCGCCGCUCGGUGCUUCUACAACGUUCUCAUCUUACAAAGCGAAGCGUUCGUCGACGCAAAACAAGAACACAUCGUCAACGACGAUGAAGAAGAGAACGAGGCGAGUUUCGCGUUCGAAGAUAUCCCUCCCGUCGUUUUAAGCAAAGGCGAUCGAUACCGAGAAGGCCUCGCCGCCUCGCUCGCGACCACACACACGACACAAAAAAACAACAGCAACAAAAACAUCAUGGCGGCUGAACUCACGGACGAGCAAAUCACCGAAUUCAAAGAAGCGUUCGCUUUGUUCGAUAAAGACGGCGACGGGACCAUCACCACGAAAGAGCUCGGUACGUUUUAA